UUUCAAAUAUUAAAAGUUACUAGGAUAUGAUUACUAUUAUUUUUAUUUAAGUGAUCUAUUACGAUAAAAAUGUAAACAAAAUCGAACUUUUCUGAUAAAUGUACUGUAAAUAGUAAUUAUAAAUUUGCUGACUGCAUAUUAAUCUUAACAAUUUCUUUUUUUCUAUUUAAUAAUGUCAAUUUCAAACUUGCAAGUUGAGCUAAAAGUUAUGAUUUAUAGGCAUGGAGAUCGAUCAAUAGUCAAUGAAUCGUAUUAUCAAGAUAAAUGGUCCAAUAGUUCAUUUUGGCCAAUGGGAUAUGGUCAACUUACAGAUAAUGGCGUAGACCAACAGUAUGAACUCGGUAAAUGGCUUAGAACACGUUACUGUGAUUUCCUACCUGUAAAAUACUCGCCAAAUGACAUAUACGUAAGAAGCACUGACGUGGACCGCACAAUUGUGAGUGCUCUGUCUAAUUUGAGUGGUAUGUACCCACCUGUCCAACGAUCGGACAAUCAAACAGAUUACCAUAGUCAAAUAGUACCAGUCCACACUGAGAGUAUACAUCAAGACAAACUAUUUGCAUUGAAUAGUUGUCCUAGGUUUGCUGAAGAAUUGGAAAAACUUAAAAAAGAAUCCGAAGUUCAAAUGUAUUUUGAAAAGUAUGAUGAAAUUUUUAAAUACAUAAAUAACAAAACAAGACUUACACUUGAUAAAAAUAAUAUUUUAUAUACAAUGGACGUAUACAAUUUAUAUGAUAUAUUUUUCAUUGAGUCGUUGUAUAACUAUACAUUGCCUAAAUGGACUAAAAAGAUAUACCCUGAACCUUUGCGAACAAUAAUAAUAAAAAAAGAAACUUUCGCUACAUACAACGCUGUACUGAAAAAACUUAGAUUGGGUCCAUUGUUACAAGAAGUCGUUACUCAUAUGAAUAAAAAAAUAAAUGGCACAUUGGAUCCAAGCAGAAAAUUAUGGAUUUACUCAGCUCAUGAUUUUACUAUUGUAAAUGUCCUAAAUAGCUUGAACGUAUUUAAUAAUCAAACUGUUCCAUACGCUUCGUUAUUAAUGUUAGAAUUGAGACAAAAUUCAAGGAAAAACUAUGUUGUCACUGUAUCGUAUCGAAAUUCUACCCGCAACGAGCCGUAUUUGUUGCAAGUACCCGGCUGCAGUACAAAAGCUUGUGAUUUGCGUACAUUUGAAGCAAUUUUGGCUCCAUUUGUAUCAACAGACAGAGAUUUGGAGUGUUUACCAGAACACGAAAAUGACUUUUUCGAAGUGUGGAUUUAUUUAACAACAUUUAUUUUAAUUGCUGUUGUUUUGGCAAUCAUCUCCUUUAUUGCGUCUGACAAAAUCGUAAUUUGUUUUAGAAAAAGAACAGAGUACAUUACAUUAUAAUAUUUUUUCACUUCAACAUCAAAUAAUCAGUUAGUAUUGUGAAAAUCUUUUGUAUUUUAUUAUUGUAUAAAUUUUAAUUGUUCGAUAAUUUAAUUUUCAAAAUAAAUAUCAUUUGGAUUAAAA